ACUUCCAACUUGUUCCGAUUCUGAAAAAUAUAUUUUUUUUAGGUUUUCUAUCACAACUUUUUUCUAAAUAACAAUUAUUGUUGUAAUAUGUCAACACGAUGGUAUCCAAUAUGGCAAAAAGGAAACCCACAACUUCGGGUUUUCUUGCCCAAUUUCUGGAUGAAGAUAGUUAAACCGGAGCAUCGUCAACCAAAACAUGUUGUGACUUUCAAUGUUUCAAUGGAAAUGACGGUUCAUGAUGUUAGAAACUAUCUUCGCCAGAUAUACAAUCUUCCAGUAAUAGAUGUUCGAACAAGAAUUGCACUUGGACCCACUGAAGCCGAUAAGACUCAAGGAUACAUAAAAAAAGCAGACGAUUACAAACUGGCUUAUGUGAUCUUUCCUAGAGACGUAAAAUUCGAAUUUCCUGAUAUUUUUCCUUCAGAUUCUGAAACUAAGAAACAGUUGAGAGAGGAUGAAAAACCUCUGGAAGAAUCAAAAGGAACCUUCAGAAAGUUUUUGAGCAGGAGUAAAAAUAGAAGAGGACUUCCAGGAUGGUAUUCAAUUUAAAACAUUUUUAAGCUGUAAUAGAAUAUGAGAUAUACAUAAUAAAAUAAUUGAUAACAAAAACA